AUGGAAAAACGCGAACUUUUGCGUGAGGCUACUAGACGUCCUUUAGAUGAUGCAGCUAAAGAGAGGAGACAAAGGAAAACUCUUAGCUUGUUGGAACAAGAUAAUCACAUUGAAGAACCCCACUCAGAUGUGAAGGGAACGAAGAGACCACAAUUUGGAGAUGAGGAUGAAGACAUUUCUGCCAACAAUAAGCGCCGAAAAAAGAAACGUAUAUCGAAUAUUCGUGCACGCUGUAGGAAAACGUUUGAAAUUUUACUGGAUGAAGAAUAUCAAGCAACGAAAGGAGGAACUACUGGUGCCUGUUAUUUUACGGCUGCCGUUCCUCCGAGCAGGCUACCCAGGAGGAAGUUUUGUAAUGUCUGUGGUUUUCAAGGUCUAUAUAACUGCAUAGUUUGUGGUCUACCAUACUGCAGUAGGAAGUGUUAUGAAAUACAUUCAGAUACGCGGUGUAUGAAAUGGGUCGCUUAA